AGAGAGAGAGGGAGAGAAGGAGCUCUGUGUAUGGCUGCGUGCAGAUGGCUUCGUCCUUUCCGUCGGUGAAGUAAGCGAUUCGACUUUCUUUGUUCGAAGGAUUUUUUCUUUGCGUUUCAGUCGAAUCGCUGCUAAUUCCGGCGGAGAAUUUAACGGUAGCUUACGAUGUUCAUCUGGCAUUGCUUUGGUUAAGUUUGUAAUGGCGAACUACUUCUAGUGGUGAGGGUUUAAUGAUCAGGUUUUGAUAAAGGAAAUAGUAGGCAACGUAUAUGGUUAAUUGAGUUUGGAGUGCGAGAGCUUUGAAGAAGCGUGGAAGGUUAUAUUGUAUUCGAAGGGAAAGUAAUUUACUGUUGAUAUAGAGUGGGGGGAAAUGGAAGAAACAGAAGAAGCUCGCGCUGAUGUGAUGCAGCGACUUCAGUCCUCGUCUGGGACAUCUUCUUCUUCUCUUCCGAAACCGACCAACCGAUUCGAAGUUCCCCAUUUGAAUACUUCGCUUGUUCGCGCUCCGCUGAGACAUUUCUCGCAGAAUUUCAGUCCGGAGAGCAACAAGAGGCCUGGUAUACCUCCAUCACACCCGCACUUCCCUCCCGCCUCUCCCUAUGCGCAGAUCCCAGUCCCCCGACCAGUUACUCAGCAACUGGGUUCUCAGAAUUUUAGCCCAAGUCCUUCUCAUUCGAGAUCUCUUUCACAGCCGACAUUUUUCUCUCUCGAUAACUUACCUCCCCUGAGCCCUUCACCUUACCGUGACUCAUCAUCACCCUCGCUAUCUGACCCAACUUCUGCGGAUGUUUCAAUGGAAGACCGAGAUGGGGGCUUGCAGGCAUCACACCCUCCUUCACCUUUCUCGAGAGGUAACUCCGGCCGCAUCAGUGAGAGCCUCCCCCCUCGUAAAGCGCACAGGCGCUCUAGCAGUGAUAUCCCCUUCGGGUUUAAUGCUAUGAUCCAAUCUUCGCCGCCACUCAUCCCGCUCAGGGGUCAGGGUGUCCUGGACCGCUCAACAUCUCCAAGAGAGAAUUUGGGUAUGGUGAAGCCGGCCCAGUUGGUGAAACGGGAAUCGGACUGGGAUAGGGAUGUUGACAGCAAUGCAGAAGGAAUGGGGGAGAGAAAAUCUGAAGGGGAAGCUAUUGAUGAUUUGUUCUCCGCGUACAUGAACUUGGAAAACAUGGAUUCUCUGAAUUUAUCUGGAACCGAGGACAAACAAUGUCCUGAGAACCGUGAUGAUUUAGAUAGCAGAGCCAGUGGCACAAAGACGAACGGGGCUGAUAGCAGUGACAAUGAAUCAGAAAGUAGCAUAAAUGAGAGUGGCAACAGCAUGAGUCGCCCAAACCCAAGUUCCUCCACUGAGAGGAAGGAAGGGACCAAAAGGAGUGCGGGGGGAGAUAUUGCUCCAACCACCCGGCACCACAGAAGUGUUUCUAUGGAUAGCUUCAUGGGAAAUUUGCCCAACUUUGGUGACGAGUCACCAAAGUUGCCACCUUCCCCUGGAAACCUUGCAGCUCAACAUUCACGCAGCAAUUCGAUGGACGGGAACUCUACUUUCAGUUUGGAUUUUGGUAACGGCGAGUUUAGUGGGGCUGAGCUUAAGAAGAUUAUGGCCAAUGAAAAACUUGCUGAGAUUGCAUUGACAGACCCUAAACGUGCCAAAAGGAUUUUGGCAAAUCGGCAAUCGGCUGCUCGAUCUAAGGAGCGGAAAAUGAGGUAUAUCUCAGAAUUGGAACACAAGGUGCAAACUCUACAGACAGAAGCCACCACAUUGUCUGCACAGCUGACACUGUUACAGAGGGAUUCUGCUGGGCUUACGAGCCAGAACAAUGAGUUGAAGUUUCGUCUUCAAGCCAUGGAACAACAGGCUCAACUCAGAGAUGCCCUAAAUGAGGCCUUGACUGCGGAGUUCCAGCGCUUGAAGAUGGCUACCUCAGAAUUGAGUGGGGAGGUUCAUCCUUCUAAUUGCUUGUCUCAAUCCAUAAGUCCCCAGAUGUUCCGAUUGCAGAAUCAGCAGCUCAACAUCUAUCAGUUGCAACAGCAGCACAACCAACAGCCACCACAACAGCAACAGGUGCAUCACCAACAGCAGCAUCCCACCAACACACCGGCAAAGAAUGAAUCAAACCAAUAAGACGAGGGGGAAGUGGUAUUUUGGUUACCAGUUAAAAAUGUUAAAUGGUCUAGUCUAUUAAUCUGGAGAGUUAGUCUGGCUUCUACUCUUCAUCCAAUCAUUCCCUGUAUCUGUUAAGGUGUGCACUUGCAGGUAAAUGACAUGAGCUGAUUCGAUCUGUGUCCCAUUUCGGGCUGUGCAAGGUCCUAGAAGGGGUGUGAUCGGAUAAGGUCUGUUGGACAAUUUUUUGGCAUAAAGUUGCUGUCUCAAGACUCAAAUCCAGGGUAGCAGAAGGUUAUAUAAGCAAAUAUAUAUAUUUAUUUAUUGUUAAUAUUUUGAAUUUUCAUUACAUAACUUAAGCAUUGAUUUGUCUAAAAGCUUGUUUAUUUUGUUUGGACACAGAGGAGAGGCAACUCUUCCUCUUUAUCUUUGUUUUUACUUUUUAGGUUAAAAGAAUACCGUACAAACUUUUAAUCAUAUAAUGGGUUCCUGUUCUACGGUUA